GGGACGGACGCGACGAAACGAACGGCGCGCGCGUUCGUCGAUCCCGAGGGCCCGGCUAAAUGAAGUCAAAUUGUUUAAUAUAGCAGUCGAUAAAUCGGUCGACGCUAGGUGUCGGGUGUCGGAGACACGGAGGCUAGAGGUGCGGCAGGUAGCUCGCCGCGACGGAGCCCAGCGAGGUGGGAACGGAGGUAGCGGGCCCGCACCCGCCGCCAGCCGACGGCUACAUGUACGUGUGCGGGGACAGCGCGCGCUACGAGUGCGCCUUCGAGCCCGGGGGAGGCAUGGAACAGCCCAGCUUCGAGGAGCACAUGUUCGGGGAGUUCGGCAAGGAGCGGCACGUGCAGGUGGUGGUGGACGCGGGCGGCGAGCUGCAGUACCGCCACGAGCUGCCGGUGUUCGGCGAGCCCAAGCGCAAGGACGAGCCGCUGCUGCUGCAGGGCGCGGGCGCCGAGCACGCGCUGCCGCUGCCGCACCCGCCUGCGCCCGCGCCGCCGCCCCCGCCCGCGCCUUCCACCGCCACCAAGAAGAGCGAUAAGAAGAAAAACGACAAUAAUGGCAUCAAGAAAAAGAAAACCAGAACGACAUUUACGGCAUACCAGCUGGAGGAGCUAGAGCGGGCGUUCGAGCGAGCGCCCUACCCGGACGUGUUCGCGCGAGAGGAGCUUGCGCUGAAGCUCAGCUUGUCUGAAUCAAGAGUACAGGUAUGGUUCCAAAAUAGAAGAGCGAAGUGGCGAAAGCGCGAACCUCCACGGAAAACUGGGUACAUAGGUUCAAGUUCACCGAGCUCCACCACCCUCGGCGGCGGGUUCUCCGGCAUCGGCGGCAACCUGCCCGCCUUCCCGCAGAACGGCAUGCCGGCGCCCGCCGACUCGUGGUCCUACCAGCACUCGUACGAGCUGCCCUCGCACCACCUGCUGUCGUCGGGCGGCGCCGGCUACCCCGGGUUCAACGCGCAGCCCGCCUACUCAUACACCACGGUGCUGAACGGGCACGACGGGCAGAUGUUCGCCCCGCGGCACUACGAGUACGGCGAGGGCAGCCCGCCGCCGCUGGGCGUGCGCGACUACCCCAUGAUGGCGGCGCACUCGCCGCAGCUGGAGCCGCACGAGGACAAGCUGGAGUACCGCGCGCACGAGCACGAGGACAAGUACCCGCCGUGCGCGCUGCACGAGGAGGCGCCGCGCUACCCCGCGCCCGACGACUUCCCCGACAAGCACGCCCCCUACGACCCGGAGCGCCACGCGGACCUCGCCCAGCCCGUCGUCGUCAAGGUGGAGCCCACCUCCCACCAGCCCUACACCGCACUUCCCCCUUUUUUGAAUUGAAAUACUCCUUUUCGAAAAUAUCCAUGAUUCAAGAAUAAUUUCGAAAAGGAGUAUUAUCUAAUUAAGUCGAAAAGUACGAGAUCAUUAUGGCGCAGUCGGUGGGAUAGAACCUGACUGUGCUGAUGCUGAUAAAACAUGUGUAAUCAGCCUAUUACCGGUCAUGAAAAACGAUUUUAUUUAGAUAAGUCCGAUUAGUCGUGUUACGUUAUCAUGAAAGAGCAUUUUAUAUCUUAACCUAGUAAUAGUAGGCACUCGAUAGGUAGGUAAGUUUAGAUAUAACAUUAAAUUAUUAUAUGGCUGCGAUUUACUAUGAAUCAAAUAUUUACUUACUCGUUUAAAGUUGAUGACAUUAAUUAGUAAGUAUAGUAUUUUUUAUAUUGCUCUAUGCUCGCUGUGAGCACACACGUGCAAUUGAACAUGGAUUUCAAAAUAUCAGCUAUAAAAUUGAAUAUUUCGUUAUGGAUGUUGUUCAUAUUUAGUAAUAUUAAAUAUUCUCGUGCAUUCCUUGUGCCUUAUUGUUUUAGGUUAAACUUAUAAUAAGUUAGGAGACAAAAUACUAGAUUUCAAAAGCCUUCGGGUAAUAAGUAUAUCCGGAUAUUAUUACAUUUUUUUCGUAAGUUAAUUACUGUCUACUUGAAAAACACUGAUAACAUUACUCGUCAUGGUUUCAUUAUUUAUUGUCAUGACUAUAGUAUUUUUCAAAGACAAAGGGUACCUAUACUUACAGUCUGACCAAAAAGAGUGGAAAUUUAAAAGUGCCAACAUCGUAGUGUUAUCCCUUUCAAAUAAAUAUGUGUGAGAAAACGGGACGACACUACGACGUUGCCACUUUUGAAUUGUUGCAUUGAUGUUUCAGACCAACAUAUUUUAAGAAAAAUGAUUAGAAUCCUAAUAAGUUAAAUAAAUCUUGGUGGCUUUAGAGUACCUCUUAUCAAAAUCAUUUACUUGCACCUUUUAACUGCUUCUUGACAUGGGCCACCCCGCCCAUGUCCUUAGAGUUUAAAAAAUACUAUAGCUAAAUGGGUAAAAGACACGAGUAUUUUCUCACUGCUUCUGUUUUCAAAGUAAAACAGGUUUAAAGAGUAGGUAGGCAGAAAGAGUAAAAACAGAGUUUAUGAGUAGUGGUCGAUUGUGUGGUGGGUGCUACAAAAUAUGACAUGUUCUUAACUGGCCCUCUAACCAAGCGUGCGCUAUAUGCCUCUCCGCAUCGUUUCAUGGUUUUCUCUCUCUAUCGUGCCAAUACAGAAAAGCGAUAGAGAGAGAAACUACGAGACGUUACGGAUCGUCAACGAUUGCUCGCUUGGCUAGAGUGCCCGAGAUUGUUACGAAAUAUUUGUAUUAUUAGGCUAGUAUUUUCAUUAAGUUGCCUUCUCCAGUCUACAGCUAAUAUAACCAAAGAACAGUAAUGAUUUAAUUGUAGAUAAUUGUCAUGAUUAUUUAAUGUAAAUAUAAGUAAAUUGCGUGAAUAUGAUGUGCCAACCGUUUAAGAUGUAUUAAUUAAAUGCAUAUUUACAAUUAUGCAAAGAUAUUUUGCAAAGACUAUAUAAAGAAUUAUAUUUGUAAGUUUAUAUGUUCAGAUUAAUACAUUUAUAUUUAAUUUAAGUGGCAGAUUAAAAAAAUCCUAUAGCUAACAAAUGCAUUGAAAAUAAUACAACAGAUCUCCUUGUUUGAUGUAGUUAAUUAAUUGACGAAUUGUUGACGGCGAAGAAAAGAAAAUUAUUAGUAGUAAUAGCCAUAAUGUUAGUACUUUUAUACAAAGUUUUUACUUUAAACGAUGUAGUUAAGUAGGAUAAUAAAUAUAAUUUAAGGCAAGAAAUUGUAAUCCUAGCUAUACAUUACUUAUUAUGUUUUUACCUUUUGCAUGUCUAUGUUUACAUUCAUACAUAUUUUAGCUUAAGAUUUUGAAAGCAAUAUUGGAUAUAAAUUUAAUACACGACGUUCGAGAGAUUGCAAAUGUUGACGCCAGUUUGCCAAUUUAAAGGAUUGUUCAAUAAUAUUAAUGAUGUGCUUAAACGAGUCUUUUAUUUACAUAAAUAUAUCAUUAAUAACAUACCUAUGACGUUUCAUAUAUUAAAUAAAUGAAACAGCAUUAUAUUUAUUAGGCAUUGAAAUAUGUUUAUAUUUCAAUUAGGCACUGGUCCCACCGCGAGC